UGCUUCCCUCAGACGCCGCCACAUAUGCGAACCGAACAGGCAUGUGUUGCGUGAACCCUUCGCCUUCCGCCUCAGUUACCUCGUCGCUGCGGGGUCAGAUCGUCGCGUCGGAGUGGCCGCCGGGUUCGUCGGGCGGCUCGAACCCGUACCCCGACGGCCCGCCCCCUUCGCCACCCCCGACGCUCCGAGCCGUCGACGCCGACGACCAGGAAUUCAGCGGCAUGCCGGCCAAACGCGCUCGCGCGGAGCCCGGUGGCGGCGAUGGGGUUGGCGUUGCCGAUCGGGCGGCCGAGGACGGCAGGGACCGAAUCAGCGAGCUCCCGGACGCCGUCCUGCUGUCCGUCCUCUCCUACCUUCCCCUCCGCGACGCCGGGCGGACGGCGGUUCUCUCGUCGCGGUGGCGCUCCCUGUUCGACCAAUCCCUCCUGGACUUCAACGCGUGCCAGCCGUUCCCGCCUGAGGAAGGCCGCGGCUGCGAGUGGCUCAUCCGCGCGGUCACCGGCAUCCUCGCGGCCCGGCCGCACGUCCGCAUCCGCAGCUUCCGCUUCGUCAUGUACGGGCGGGGCUUCGCCGGCCGCCUGGGCGUCGUCCACCGCUGGUUCCGCGCCCUCGCGCUCCACGGCGUGCGAGAACUCAACGUCGACAUGUUCUACACUACCCCCAAGCCGACCCUCCCAGGGUCCCUCCUCCAGCUCGCCUCCCUCGAAACACUCAAAGUGUACUGCUGCAGAUUUCCCGACGCCGGGCUGGCGCGGGCUCCGCCGCUCCCUGCCCUCAGGACACUCGAUUUUUCCAAUGUGAACAUGUCCCAGCACUCCUUGCAGGCGAUCCUGUCCCACUGCGCAUCCCUGGAGUGCGUGAAGCUCAAGAACAUCAUCGGAGUGGACAAGAUAUGUCUCCGGUCCAAGAGCCUGGCCCGCCUGUACGGCGACUUCGGCGACUUGAAAGAGCUCGUCGUCGAAGACGCACCAAACCUCGAAGAAUUGGUGGGGAUCGGUCUGCCGAGCGGCAACGCGAAGGUGAAGAUCGUUUUCGCGCCCAAGCUGCAGGUUCUGGGGUAUCUUGGGAUCACCGUCCGCCCACUCGUGCUGCAUGACACCGUGUUUGAUGGAGGGAUCGUGCAACUCAGGACACUGAUGCGCAGUGUCAAGACUUUGGCCAUCCAACUGCCCUUCUCUGAGAAGGGGUACACCGUCUUCGUUGCUCAAUUGCUCAAAUGUUUCCCUUGUCUUGAGGUGCUCCAUGUUGAGCCUGAUAAGCGGUCCAUUUCCCGGUGGGUUAAUGUUGAAGAAUGGGACAUCACAAAUUCUAUUCAGUGCAUUGAACAUUCCAUUAACAGAGUGGUCUUUGAGAAUUUUGGAGGGGAAGAGUGCCAGUUUGGGUUUCUGACCUUUCUGCUUGGGAUGGCCAGAGCUCUGAAGCUUGUCGAGUUCUACUGCUGGAAAGGCAUAGAUUGGGCCAGUGACCAAGUAGAGCUAAUGCUCCCUAUAAAUAGAGCCUCUCCAGAUGUUGAGUUCCUGUUCUUCAGAAUUUGUAAUCCGGUCAGUAUCCUGUUCUUAUGCCACUGCUGCACCCAGCGAUGCCAGAAGGAAAACAGAGUUGCUAUGAUAUAAGCUGUUCAGGCUUCACAUGCUGAAAUCUGAGGUUAAUUUGAAGCGGCAGAAGAAUAAGUGUUGCUGUUAACGUCUUGAUUUUGCUUGCAAAAAUCGUAUAGCUUGAUAUGACACCCAAUUUAUUAUGCUCGGGUGCAAACUCAAAUGUAUUACAUCCAUUUAUUGAGAGAGAUAUGUUGUAUUACAUUGAGAAUAUUAUUUUUCCAUCAAUCCUAAUCAAAAGUAGACAUUGGAAUUGUCAAUAAUAAAA